ACUUCGUUUUAACCGGUACGGUGCCCUUUUCCCCCGAACACUUCCGAGUCGACGCCAAGUCCCGGGGAAACCCUCUCGGUGUUUGGUGCUGCUCGCAUCGCUUUUCCUUCGAUCGCGACCAUGUUAUCGAUCGAGGAAUCGAAGAAUCUAUUCGCCUUGCUGGACGCGGAAUCGAAGCCCUUCGAUGAGAUCGUCGCGGAUUACCUAUCCCAGUUCGCGCGAGAAGCCCGGUUUAGGGUUUGCUCCUCCCUCGCUGUUCUCCUCGAGGAUAAAGUUUUGCUUAAGCCCAGCCAGCGUUUGGUUGCUUAUGCUAUUCUUCAUGAGACUUAUUCCUCUCAGCCGUCAUCGUUGAACCCAUUCAUUUCAUUACUUGUAAAUGCAGCAACAGAUGAUGCCUUAGAGGAAAUGGAGAUGGCAUUUAUUCAACUUCUGUUGGGAUCUAUUGGUGGGAACAGUAACAAAGAGGUUAUGAAGCAGUCAGCGGUGGAUUACAUAAAAGGAUUUGACUCAUCGUCCUAUGUUCUAUUGCAACAUGAACAGCUGCAGAAGCAACAUGUAGAUGGAUUGCAGUCCGAGUCAUAUAAAAGUAUUUUCCAAGCAGCAGCGGUUAAAAAUGUUAUACCUGAUCCAGAUGUACCUCUUGGCUUUGAUGCUAAUUCAUCUGAGCCAAAUUUAUCACUAACAGGAGCUAAACCAAGAAUUGGUUCUGAGGAUAGAGACAGUGCUAUAAUAGGUUCAUUGCAGAACUUAUCUUUGGAAGGACUGGGUCCCCAGUGGAUUAGGCCUGUUCCGCCGAUGCUUCCAGUAUUAGAUGGAGAGCUUAUGUGGCUCAAUCCUGAUAAUAAUCAUGAGCUGUUGUGGGACUAUGGCAUGUGUGCUGACACCAGUCGGGGAGCAGCUGUUAGAGAUUUGAUUGCAAAAGCAUUGAAAGGUCCACUUGUACCUUCCCAACAGGAGCAAGUUGUUUUAGAACUAGCAAAGGACCCAAAACUUGUUUAUCAUUGCGGACUUACUCCCCUGAAGCUUCCGGAACUAGUUGAGCACAAUCCACUUAUAGCUGUCGAAGUUCUUACAAAGUUGAUGAAUUCCCCCGAAAUUUCAGAGUACUUCACGGUUCUUGUGAAUAUGGAAAUGAGUCUACACUCAAUGGAAGUAGUAAACAGGCUUACAACUGCAGUUAACCUUCCAACAGAGUUUGUACACAUGUACAUCACUAACUGUAUAUCAUCCUGCGAAAACAUAAAGGACAAGUACAUGCAAAACAGACUGGUGAGGUUGGUUUGUGUGUUUCUACAGAGUCUUAUCAGGAACAAGAUCAUUAAUGUUCAUGAUCUAUUCAUCGAGGUGCAGGCAUUCUGCAUCGAGUUCUCCCGCAUCAGGGAGGCUGCUGGCUUGUUCAGGCUUCUCAAAACUCUGGAAUGAGCUGGAGAAUUCUUGCAAAUUUUAAUGCUAUCUCGCUCCAUUCUGUACAUUCGAUGUUACUUUUUACGGAGAAUUGACCCAAAAUCCCAUGAUCUAUCGGGACCAAUUAUCAGACCAUGCAUCCACAUUUAUGAAUAUAUACAUAUGCAUGAGCCUACAAAAUUAUUUGGAAUUCGAUUUCUUUCCAUUUUAAAAUUUCUGUUGAAUACUCCCGUGA